UAUAGAUUGAGUUGUAUAAGAGAAACAUUUUAUCUUGUAAGGGAAAUUGUAAUUUGGGCUUUUUAUUAUUAAACUAGGCAGGUGAUUGGGCUGGAGACUGUCUUUCCCAUCAUGCAAUCCUGGUCGGAAAUGCAAAAGAUAAGACUGGUCAAGGUGGAGUUUUUUUUUCUUUUUCCUCCUAUUUCAGUCACUUAACUAAAUCGAGGUCUCGGCGACGUGUCCAGCAUUAACGUGUCCAGCAUUAGCCACAUUACGGACUCAAACAUCAGUCUUCGAGUCUGGGCACUCGUUGAAGCGUUGUCGCCUACUUUAGCCUAGCCUAGCUGGCCAGCCGCUAACAAAGGUGCAAGGCACGUCGUCAAGCGUUCAGAAAAUGUCCGACAGAACGACAGCGGCGGCAGUAAAGUUUCAGGAGAAACUUUGUGGAGGAAGAGAGGAGCACCCACGUCACCAGCACUCGACUGUGUGCAAAACAAUGCACGCAAAGGCUGUUCUUCACACACCAGAAGAUGUCAGUCACGCGCAUCGUCCUGAACGCCUGGAGUCUGCUCGCAUGGAGGAAGAGGAAAAGUCACCAUACAUCAAGAAGGAGGAGGAAGAAUUUGUCCAACUUAAAGAGGAGCGGGAGGUGUACUUCAUUAGACUGCAGAACCCCCACAUUAAUGAGCAGCAGCAGCCUGAUCCCCUGAAAAAGGAGGAGGAGGACCCUCCAUAUGUUAAAGUGCAGGUGGUGGACAUCCCCAAGUGGACUGUUGAGCCCUUGAAAGGUGAAGAUAAAGGUCCGAGUGAGGCCAACAGAGGGGCGGAGCAGCAUGGCAGCAGCAUCAUUUCAAAAGAAGGGUCCCUAGAGGACAACCUCAUUGCUCGACCAUCAGAUAGUGACGACUUCACAUCACACUCGCUGUUCUGUUUCAGAAAAUAUCUUGGUGAUGAGCCAGAAUCUCCUGAAGUAAAAGAUGUUGAGCCCCCCAAAAUCAAAGAGGAGGAGGAGGAGCCAGAGCCCUGUCAACAGAAGCAACUUCCAAUCAAAAAGGAGGAGGAGGAGCUGCCAAAUGGUGAAGAGGAGCAUAUCCACCGGUUGAUUGGUGACCUCUUGAAUAGUGAAGAUGGUCUGAGUGAGGCCAGCAGAGGGUUGGAGCCUCCAAGCAGGGGGAGUAGCAAUAGCUCAAUAGAAAGAUUGCAAGCAGACAUUUACGGCAGAGGUGGAAACACAUCACACUCACCUUAUAACGAUGAUGGUCAGAAGACAUCUCACAGUGACGACAAACUCUGCAAAUGCUCUCAGUGUGGGAAAACCUGUGAUAAUAAGUAUACUUGUCAGACGCAUAUGAGGAGCCACACUGGUGAAAAUCCUUUUGUCUGCUCAUUUUGUGGAAAGAGUUUUGUUCAUACGGGAGACUUGACAACACACACAAAAACCUACACUGGUGAAAACCCUUUUUCCUGCUCAGGUUGUGAUCGAAGAUUCACUCGGAACCAACACUUACAACAACACAUAAGAACACACACUAUCGAAAAAACUUUUUCCUGCUCUGUUUGUGAUCGAAGUUUCGCUCAGAAGCAACAGUUAAAAAUACACACAAGAACCCACACUGGCGAAAAACCUUUUUCCUGCUCAGUUUGUGAUCAAAGAUUCGCUCUAAAGGGAAAUCUAACAAAACACAUAAGCACCCACAAUUGCGAAAAACCUUUUCCCUGCUCUGGUUGUGAUCAAACAUUCAGUCGCAGGAGCACCUUGCAACAACAUAUAAGAACCCACACUGGCGAAAAACCUUUUUUCUGCUCAGUUUGUGAUCAAAGAUUCAGUCGCAAGAGCACCUUGCAACAACACAUAAGAACCCACACUGGCGAAAAACCUUUUUCCUGCUCAGUUUGUGGAAAAUGUUUUGUUCAGUCAGGAGCCUUAACAACACACACAAAAACCCACACUGGUGAAAAACCUUUUUUCUGCUCAGUUUGUGAUCGAAGAUACACUCGGAAGCAAUACUUACAACAACACAUAAGAACACACACUAGCGAAAAACCUUUUUCCUGCUCAGUUAGUGAUCAAAGAUUUGCUCAGAGGCAACACACACAAAGUCAUGAAAGAACCCACACUGGCGAAAAACCUUUUUCCUGCUCAGUUUGUGGACAAGGAUUCAGUUGCAAGCGCACCUUAAAACGACACACAAGAACCCACACUGGCGAACAACCUUUUACCUGCUCAGUUUGUGGACAAGGUUUCAGUUGCAAGCGCACCUUAAAACGACACACAAGAAUCCACACUGGCGAAAAACCUUUUUCCAUCUCAGUUUGUGGUCAAGGAUUCUCUCAAAAGCAAUACUUAAAAAGUCACGAAAGAACCCGCACUGGGGAAAAGCUUUUUUCCUGCUCAGUUUGUGGUCAAGGAUUCAAGUACAAGAGCAUUUUAGAACAACACAAAAUAACCCACACUGGCGAAAAACCUUUUUCCUGUUCAGUUUGUGGUAAAAAAUUCAGUCACAAGAGCCACUUAAUACGACACACAAUAACCCACACUGGCGAAAAACCUUUUUUCUGCUCAGUUUGUGGUCAAAGAUUUGCUCAGAAUGAUACCUUGAAAAUGCACACAAGAACCCACACUGGCGAAAAACCUUUUUCUUGCUCAGUUUGUGGUCAAGGAUUCUCUCGAAAGAAAUACUUACAAAGUCACAAAAGAACCCACAAUGGCGAAAAACCUUUUCCCUGCUCAGGUUGUGAUCAAAAAUUUGCUCGGAAGCAACACUUGAAAGUACACACAAGAACCCACACUGGCGAAAAACCUUUUUCCUGCUUAGUUUGUGGUCAAAGAUUCGCUCAAAAGAUAAACUUGAAAGUACACACAAGAAGUCACACUGGCGAAAAACCUUUUUCCUGCUCAGUUUGUGAUCAAGGAUUCACUCAAAAGCAACACUUACAAACUCACAAAAGAACCCACACUGGCGAAAAACCUUUUUCCUGCUCAGUUUGUGGUCAAGGAUUCUCUCAAAAGCGACACUUACAAAUUCACCAAAGAACCCACACUGGUGAAAAACCUUUUUCCUGCUCAGUUUGUGGUCAAAGAUUUGCUCGGAAGAAUCUGAUGAAGAGACAUGCGUGUGUGUUGGUGUGAGAAGCAGUGGCCAAUGACUGUUCUGCCUGUCAUCCAUGCUGGCUUUAUCAGAUUUUGCACGCAGGUUAGGUUAGGUUGGGGGUUACGUUCGUAUUCGUGGUACACUUUAUUUUUGUGAUUGCAUUUUUGUUUGGACUUUGCCAUUUUGUUUUUUACAUUUUCUGGCCAUCAACGCCUUUCCCUUGGUUUUCUCACCGACUCCGUUCGUGGCUCUUUGUUUGUAUUUUUCUCACAUGUUCUGGCAUACUCUUUUGUUUUUUUUUUUGUGGUUUUUUUGUAAUGAAUUCCACACAAACCUCCUCGCCUGUGUUGGAUCGAUAUUAUAUGGCUAGCUGUUUUAUGACAAAGUUAAGUGGCAUUAUUUGUAUCAUCAUCUCUCAUUCAAACUACACUUUUCAUAUUUGAAACCACAGACCAAAAAUUCAAAAUCAUUCAUAAAUAUUGUCAUUCAAUAAAUAAUUUAGAAUAUAUUGUUCGAUAUUGCAAAAAUAACUUUUAAAAAUGAGUUUUUGUGGGGGUGUAAUGGUUAUAUAAUUUUUUAAAACUUACUAUUACUCCUCGCGAUUGAUAGAGACAUGUUACAACAGAGUAUGAGGGCCAAAUAAAGAAAAACGAAGAAGAAAAAAAAAGGACUAUGACAGUAAAGUCAUAUCCUUACUACAAGAAUUCUUUUCAUUGUAGGAAGUCAAGUUUUGGUAUCAUCAUUUUUGUUUAAAAAAAAUCUAAAUAAAACACGGAAUCAUUUCUGUAACUUAAAAAUGUGUUGAAAAUGUUUUUGUUUGUUAAUAACAUUGUUCACCACCUGACACCUUGCUUGCUACAAAGGGUCGCAAUAUUACUUGUCUUCAAAGGGGGCGGAAGAGGCGGCAGUUUGUAUUUAUGUCGGGGCUAUGAUUGUGUGUGUGUGGGUGUGUGUUCGGAGGGGGUCAAGUCUACAGCCAAUCAAACGUGUGUUUGAGGGAAAAAAAUGGACGGGCGCAUUCAGCAAGUGAAAAGGGGUCAAUGUAAGUCUGAACAAAAUGAAAGUAAUUCACUUAAUAAUGAUAGGGUCAAUUCUAUCCUUACAACAUAUGGGAAGGGAAUGUAAAUUACCUAUGUAACUGAAUUCAUUAUAUGAUGCAAAUAAGUAGCGUAAAAGUUGGUGGGGACAAUUUGAGCGUCUUAAAAAGUUGAUAGUGUCGUGUCCCUACCGUCCCUAUGCAAACUUACGCCCUUGCUGUAAGCACAGAGGUACUGGUGUUUUUCCCCUCUUACGUGCGACUCUACGGCUUUGAAUGGAGGACCAGAAGUGCAAAAAUUAAACAAAUUCACAAUGAAAAAAAUGGCCUCUUUAAAAAAGUCACUGAUAUCUACCUCAUAACUAUCGCUUAAUUGUAUUCUUUUUUUGUUACUGUCACAUUUUCUCUGGUAUAUUAGGUGAUAAAUAAUCGAUCCAAGCAAAGAAUUUUUUUUUAAAAACAGUUAAAAUGGUAAAUACAUGAAAAAGAAAAUCUCGACCACUCCUUGUUGUAUGCGAUUUCUGCAACGCGACCCUUGUUAAAUUACCAUGUUUCAAACAUAAAAUACCUCAAAAAACCGGCUCUGGCCAUUCACAGCUGUGUCUUGACACUCAGUGAUACAUGCUAUAUGGAGUUUUUGGAUCGAAACAAGGUAAGUACACAGUAAUAUCUCGUUUAAGUCAUGGCGUCUUUAAUUCUGCUCUCACGCGCGCGCCCCUCAAGUUAGUGUUUUGUUGUUUAAAUUUUUUU